GUGAGCAAUGAUAUCAUGUCGUGUCAGCGGCAUCUGACGAAAAUAGAACCCAAAAAGAAGUCUCUCCGAAAACCAAACUCUGCCGGUGUGUCAGACACAACCUUGACAAUGCUUGCAGUUACCCAAGCCAAACUGAGGGAGGAGCUGUUGGUCCAGAUCCGGCGUGAACUUGCCCUCAGGGGAGCAAACCAGGAAGCUGCACAACAGGUGCUCAGCCAGGCCCUUCCACCUUUGUCCACGGUUGCCAUGGAGCUGCCCAAUAAGGGAGGGGCAGCUUCUUCUCAGGGCUCUGGUUGUGUUGCAGCUGUGAGAGAAGGGCAGAGCAAGGCGGGGGAAAGGACAGACGGAGAAAACACGCAAACAGGUGGACAGGAAGGGAAGAUAGACGGUGGACUUGAUAGGAACAAAGCGGUUGGAAAGCAGCAGAGCGAAGGACUGCGUUUUUCAAGAGCAGUCCAAACACGAAAGCCUAAGCCAAAAAAAUACAGAUUUGUGCCUUCUAAACGCGUCAGGAUGGAGAGCGACUCAUGUGACGAUAGCCAAAGUGACAGUGGAGUUUCAGCAGACUUCUCCCCAUGCAGCACGUUGGAGGGCAAGACCACCGUCUCUCUUGGCGCUACAGCUCCCGCAAUCAAAGAGACUCCCAUUGAGAGGGAGAUCCGACGGGCUGUGGAGCGGGAACACAGCCUGAGAAGAUCCAGAGGGCUUCUGAAGAAACCAACUUUUCCAGAGUAUGUAGAGAUCCCCGUAAAGAAAACUGUUGCUUUUCAGCCUCAAAUAACUCACCCUGAGAAGUGUCAGGGCAAAGACAGGCAGUUUGCAGGUAAGAUGAUGCAGCAUGAGAUCCACGGGGAGGUCCAGAGGGAGCAGGAUCUGGUCAAGCUUGGGAAAGUUCCAGGUUUCUACCACAAAGGCACAGUCCGCCAGCUCAAAGAGAGAAAAAGGCUAUUUGAGGCGUUUCAGGCACCUCCUGUCUCAACUUUACCUACUCCAAUCAGGACUAGAGCCCAGUCCUGGCCUUUCUCUACUCCCAGUGACAUUUCCCACCUGGUGAACCAGGACACAUCCACCAUAAGAGGCGCAUAUGUAGAGAAGAGCCCAAACUCAGCCAAAGGCGGAGGCUCCACGUCUUUGGCUCCCAGAGGACCGGGGUUCUCAGAGGGGACAGGCAGCCAGAUCAUCAUCAUAGAAAGUAACCUGAGUGCCGGGGCACAGAAUCUCCACCACGUAAAACCAAAGGCAGAGGCCACCACUGCUGUCGACUUUGCAAGGCCCAAUAUCCCAUCGCACAGGACAGACGGACACGGUGAGAUUAAAGCAAGUGAGCAGAAAAAAGAGGAGCAACAGGAGGUGGAUUUGACACCCAAGGAGAACCCCUUUUUCAAGUUACGCUCCUCAACAAAUCUGAUUAUGGUGGAGCGGGACAUCCAGGAGGCUCAAGAGAGGGAGAAGGAGCUUCUCCAGCAGAGGAUUUGUCUGUAUGGUGGUGCGGGAGGAGAGACAGGAGCCAACUUAGGAAGGAAUACCAAGUUGACUCGUUCUUCCUCACUGAAUAGACUUCCUGUAACUGACUCACCACGCUCAUUAUCCAGGCCCGUAACUGGACCCCCAGCAGUACGCCAGUCAGUUGGCAAGUUGGGUGUGUGGCCCCCGGCCCAGGCUGAAGAGGGAAAGAUUAGCCGGCCAGAGGUCCUCAACAGUCCCAGAAAGAAGACUCCUCUGGUGCAACGCUGGGAGGCUGGCCUGAUCAACGGACACAGCCAGGGAGACGACUGAGGAUGGAAGGAGGCUAACCGAGACCUGCGCUAUUGAAGUCAAGGGGCUGAAAAGAUUGUGUGAUAAAAAAAUAAGAGCUAGCUUUGCCAUGAAAAGUGGGAAUAGGCUAGAGAGGGGAGCUGUGAUGAGGAGGAGGAAAGAGAGAAUGUGAGGCAAGAAAGAGGUCAGGAAUUGAGGCUGCAAAGGGGGUCAAGAGAAUUGGGAACAGGGAAAAGGAUUGAUGCUGGACUCAAAACCCUGAAGAGUCCUUUAGCAGAGAAGAGAGGAAAAGGAGGACAUAUUAGCAGAUAAAGGACUUGGCCUGCUUCUGGCACUGGAAGACUGUGAGAGUUAUGAAUGUAAAAAGGCAAAAUAAAAUAGUGAUAACGCUUCAUUGGAAAGCAGAGAAAUGUAAAUUUAGAGAGAACGAGAUUUUGAAACUGUGAUAACGUUCUCUACCAUUGUAAGUUUUGCAUAGUUUUUAUUUGAUGAAUAUAGGUGGAGAUGUAUCAUAUCUUAUACUGAAAAAUAUAAUAGUAACACCAGUUUUGUUCAUGCAAUGAUGUCAAUCAAUGAGUUACUAGAUUAUUACACAUGUACAAUAUAAUGAAUCCUACAUAAUAGCCAUGCGUUUUAGGGUAUUGCUUCAAUGAAACAGUUUGACAAGACAUAAGGUCGUUGACAGGGAUAAGAAAUAACUGAUAAUUAUUCUGUUUCACCAACACAGCUUCUCCAACAACUUCACUUUGUGGCAAGCAAAACAUUAGAAAGCUCUGCAAACUGAUUAGCUCCUAAUGGCAAUUUUAUUCACACAUGUCUAAAUAAAAUUGCCAUUGGGAGCAGAACAGCGUGCGGACCUUUCUCUAUUUUCUACAGUUUGUACUUUUCUUGUCCUGCACCUUUUUGCAUUUUUGCCUGGAUGUGCGCAAACAAGUUUAUUCUUUUUACAGUUGGCAAGCAAGCCAAACAUCCCCCUUUACUAUAGAUCAGAUUUAGAAAAUAAAUAUAUUAUUCUAUAUGCUUUGAUGUAGCAAACAGGCAGUGAAAUAACUCUGUUGGGUUUUUCAGAGAUACAAAGACAAAGGCUGUGUACAAAGCUGCAUACUUUCAUACUUUGCAUACUUAGUAAGGCAUUGAAUUUGAAUUUGGCAUCGAAUUUUGUGUAUGCGAGAAACACCCAGAUGUAUAAUAGACUGUCUAUCAUUUUUAAGGUAGGGCACGGUAGCUCCCUCAUCAUACUAAUCUGCCCCAUGAUGCAUUGCACAUUUUAGACCAGUGGUUUUCAACUGGUGGGUCGCGGAGAUGUUUUCAGUGGGUCAUGUAAGAAGGUGUGCCUGGAAGAAAAAUGCUGUCAAAUAGUCUAUGAAGCGCUUUUUUAACAAGUCUCAUUCAGAUUCUUUGUUCUAUCACGCUUUGUACCGUCUGAGGUUUUAAAAAAAAAAAAAAUC